AGCAAAUGCGCAAUGGGCCUAUCGCAAAGUCACUCAAACCCAAUAAACCAAGUCUCUGUAACAGUUUCUUGUUCUUGCCUCUUCCACUGGCAAAGGUAGCAAUGGAAACAAUUUUCUAAUGGAAAACGGAGGGGAAGGAGAGACAAAAAGAUGGGCAUGCAGGAGAUGCGGCCAUGUGGGAUUAGAAGAAUCCGACGGUUUUUAUUACUGCCAAGAGUGCGGUGCUCAAGCCGAUGAUAUUAUCUUAACAGGCGUUGCCGACGAAGACUUCAUCGAAAAAGACGGCGAAGGCGGCGGUGCCCUUUACAGCGCCCGCUUCACCCGCUAUUCUCAACCCACUCGUACCAUUCAAACAAACCCAUCUUCUCAAGCCUGGUUUCGCUAUACACAAGAAGAAGAAGAUAUUAAUUUCACUACUACUACUACUUUAAAUGGUACUUAUAGUAAUAUCAAAAUCAAGAAAGAGGAGCGUUUUGAUGAUGAUGAGUAUUUGGAUGGGUUAGGGCCCGUGGAACCUGAGGAUUUUGGAGGGAAGUCGUUGAGCUAUGAGGAUUAUUAUAAUGAGGUUAGGAUUAGAUACGUUAUGGGAAUGCAGUGGAUGAUUCAGUUACAGUGUGAAAGUCUAGUUGAAAAGUUUAAUGUCAGUCCUUUGAUUUGUGGGGUUGCGGGGAAUGUUUGGCUGAGGUUUCUGGUUGCUACUGGUGUUUUUAAGGAUAAUUGGGCUGACGAUGUUAUCUUGGAAUCUGAGAGUCAAGUUCAAGGGGAACCAGAGGACUGGAAGCCCCGUUCCAGUCACAGAAAUGAACCUCACAAUGCAUAUGGUCAGCGUGCAGUGAUGGUAUGGUUUAAGUAUUUGAGGAAGACAAUACCAUUAUCUUCUUCUCUGGCUAUUUCAUUUUUGGCAUGUCAUGUUGCUAGGGAAGCAAUUUUGCCGACAGAUAUUGUAAGGUGGUCGAUUGAAGGGAAGCUUCCAUAUUUUGCUGCUCAUGUUGAAAUUGAAAAACGCUUUGAGCAUUCUUCUCCUGCCUGUCCUAUCAGUUCAAGUCUAAUGUUUAGGCCUUCUCAAGCAGUUCCUGCUCAAAAGUUGGAGUCAAUGGCUGCGGCGUUUGCAGAGUCCAUUGGCUUGCAUUUGCCUCCAGUUAACUUCUAUGAGAUUGCUUCUCGCUAUUUGAAGAAUCUCGCUCUUCCAGUUGAAAAGAUUCUCCCACAUGCAUGCCGCAUAUAUGAGUGGUCAAUGCCCCCAGAUUUAUGGCUAUCGACAAAUGAAUUGAGGCUUCCAACACGUGUCACUGUAAUGUCAAUAUUAAUUGUGGCUAUAAGAAUUCUCUAUAACCUAAAUGGUUUCGGCGCAUGGGAAAGAAGUUUGUCUAGUCUCAAUUGCUCUCCUUCCAAUUCUCAUCCAGCAAGUCGAUUAGAUUCAAUGUGUCGUUCUGUGAUGCAGGGCGAUGCUGAAACUGGUUCUCCCUUUUACAGUUUGGAUGGUUCAGCUGAAAAAUUCCUUAGAAAUCCCUCACACAUGCAGAUGCCUGAAUUGGAUUCUGCAGAGUUAUUGCAUCACCUAGAAGUAAAGUAUAACUUUAUCGCCGAUGCCUAUGAGUUUACUAAGGACUUACCAUCAUAUCUCCAAUACUGUAAGGAUGUGGUAUUUGCUGGAGCAGGACCAUCACAUAUGGAUGAUCUUGAGGAAGAAGAGUUAAUGGAAAAGUUGUGGGAUUUCUAUCAGAAUGAGAAGGAUUCUGAGCUGGCAAAAGAGCCUAGAACACAAAGUAGCAGUAGACUUUCUAAUCAAAAGAGAUCAAGAAAUGAUGAUGGAAGUGUCUUUGUAAAUCUGUCAGAAAAGGAGAAAAUUAAGGAAGAAUGGCAUGAUAGUCCAUCUGCUGAUAUCAGCUCUCACAAUGCAGAUAAUAGCUCUCAUCAGAGUUUUGAUAAUGGUCAUUUUUCCAAUAAUUCACUAGAAGAUCAAAAUGUAGAACAUAAGGAGAAAGAUUCAGAAAAGACACUGGAAGGUAGAGCCAUUAGACGGUUGAAAUUAGACAUGGAGGAGAAUAGGUUCUGUUACAUUCCACCAAGGGUUAACCUUAAGAGAUUUGAUUACCUACAUUAUGUAAGAAAGAAAGACGAAGGUGCCUUUACUUAUGUUGCUCAUGCAGAUUAUUACAUCUUGCUUCGUGCUUGUGCUAGGGUAGCUCAAGUUGAUAUCCGCAUAAUGCACAUUGGUGUGUUGAGUUUUGAGAGGAGACUCGCUUGGUUGGAGAAAAGAAUUGACUACUGCUUGCAUUUAUCACCUCCUACUAUUACUUGUGAGUUCUGCAGAGACAUGCCAGAUCAUAAUUCGAAUGAUGAUGUGAUUGGACUUUCAAAGUUGAAUUUGUGAAAUGCUUUUCUCAUUGUUGUAUUUAUAGUUCAUAUUUAUGAGGCCA